AUUUAUUUUAAGAUUAUACUCCAAUUUGAUGUCUUCGGAUAAGUUUACCCGUAUUUAAAUAGAUUAAAAACAUCCUUAAUCUAACAUUUAUAUCACUACUAGAGAUUUCUUAAGACCUAAAAAUCAAACUCAAAAGAAAUAGAAACUUGAUUAAUUAGCAUUAAUGGAUAUAGUUGCUAUCAUUAAUUUACAUAAUGAAGAGGUACUUUAUGAAGAGAUUCCACAUCUAAAUCCAACAACAAUUGAGAAAUGCGAGAAGAUCCCUUUUUUAGAAAAUUAAGGAGCUGUCAAAUUGAUAGAUGAUGUACUUAAAGAAUAACAAAAAUCAGUGGCCAUUUUUUGUGAUGAAACCUAUAAUAAGUCUCAUUAAUUGCUAGUUUGUUAUCUUAUUUAUGAUAAUUUCUAAAUCAAGACAGAUAUCAAUAAACUAGAUUCGCUAGAAAAUAGAAUAUGUGAAAUUAAUUUUGAGAAAAAGGAAAUUGCAUUAGAUGAAAAUAGAUUUCAGAUAAUUAGAGGAUUUGAUAGAAAUUCAUUAUUUCCCAAUUAUAGAUUUAAAGCUGAAAUUUAUCAAAUGUCAGAAGCUUAGAAGUUUCAGUAGACCUAGAUGACUAGUCAAAAGACUUAUUCUCAGUAAUAACGGAAUUUAUAAUACUAUGUCAAUGGUGAUAAUCUCAGUGUAAAAAAUCCGCCUAAUUUAAUGAAACUAUCAUAAGCAGAUUUUAUUUAGAAAUAUUAUGGGCAUUUAGAAGAAAUAAAGGUUUAGGCAUGUAACGGAUUUUGUAGUGCAAUUGUGUUAAAAAAGAAAUGAAAUUUUAAAUAACUUUCAUUUUUAUACACCACAAAAAUGCAUUAAUUCAAUAUAA